AUGGGAGUCCCGGCGUUCUACCGAUGGCUGAGCGAGAAGUAUCCGAAGAUUGUGGUGGACAUGCUAGAGGACCACGCGGCUCGGGUGGAAGGGACGGAGAUUCCCCUCGACCUCACGGCGGAGAACCCGAAUGGCAUCGAGUUCGACAACCUGUAUAUCGACAUGAACGGCAUCAUCCACCCUUGCUCUCACCCUGAGGACAAGCCCCCCCCGGAGAGCGAGGAGGAGAUGUACAAGAACAUCAUGGACUACAUCGACCGACUUUUCUCGGCGGUCCGGCCGCGGCGGCUGCUCUACCUGGCCAUCGACGGAGUGGCCCCCAGGGCGAAGAUGAACCAGCAGCGCUCGCGACGGUUUCGGUCUGCCCAGGAGGCGGAGGAGGCAGCGGAACUGAUGGAAGAGACGCGCCAGGCCAUGAAGGAGAUGGGCGUGAAGGUGCCGCCCAAGGCAAAGCCUGCGUGGGACAGCAACAUCAUCACCCCGGGCACGGAGUUCAUGCACAAACUGUCCCGCUACCUGCGGUUCUACGUGCAGGACAGGGUCAACCGCGACAAGGCCUGGCAGAACAUCAAGGUGAUACUGUCGGACGCCAGCGAGCCCGGCGAGGGGGAGCACAAGAUCAUGGACUUCGUGCGCCGGCAGCGCACCCAGCCGGGCUACGACCCGAACCAGCACCACAUCCUGCACGGCCUGGACGCGGACCUCAUCAUGCUCGGGCUCGCCACGCACGAGCGCUCCUUCACCAUCCUCAGGGAACAGGUGCUAUUCGGGCGGCAGCAAAAGGAGGCGAGCGAGAGGAAAGCCGCCGCCAUGAACGCGGCGAGGGAUGCAUUGGCCGGGGUGGGUCAAAAGGCGAAGCGGGGGGAGCACGGCGAACACGACGGGGACGUCUCUCCGCACAAGCCGCUACAGAUGCUCCAGCUGUGGACCCUCCGCGAGUACCUGGAGAACGAGUUCAAGGAGCUCGAGGCGCCCGGGCGCGUGCCGUUCGGGUACGACUUCGAGAGAGUGGUGGACGACUUCGUCUUCCUUUGUUUCUUUGUCGGGAACGACUUCCUGCCACACCUGCCGUCGCUAGGCAUCCGCGACGGCGCCCUGGACUACCUCUUCAACGUCUACAAGAGAGUAAUAUCGUCGUUGGGGGACUACCUGACGGCGAGCGGAGGCCGCGUGAACCUCAAGCAGGUGGACGUGAUCAUGAGCGAAGUGGGCGAGAUCGAGGACGAGGUGUUCAAGAGGAGAAAGCAGGCGGAGGUCAAGGACCAGGCGAAGAGGUCCAGCUUUGGGAGACGCGGGGGCGGCCGCGGGGGCAGAAGGGGGGGGCGCGGAGGGGAUAUGGGAAGACAGGGGGUGGGUCCCCCCGGCGGCAAUAGUGGGGGGCGAUACGGGGGGGACGGGGAAAAACAGCGGAUGUACCCGCCUGCGAACUCAGCAUCAGAGAGGCGGAAGGCGUCGCUGGAGGCAAAGAAGACCGCCAAGGCAAGCGACGAUAGCAUCAAGGUCCAAGCGGUGCCCAUCGGGAGCGUCAAGACGGACCGCCUUAAGGAUGCCAAGCGCAGGCUUGAAGACGGUGGUCAGCGCGGCGGUGCCAAGUGGGGCGGGGGCGAAGAGGGGAAGGGGGAGGAGAAGGGAGGUGCCGCAGAAGACGCCAACAAAUUCUUUAGUAUUGCGAAGCUGGAACGUCCCAUCAGUGGCGGCGCUGCUGUAGAGGGGGGCGGAGGAGGUGGUGUUGGUGGCGGUAAGAAGCGAGAAGACGGUGAGGAUCAAGAUCAAGACGAGGAGGAAGAGGAGGACCCCGACAUGACGGAGGAAGAGAUGGCCAGGGCCAAGACCAUGCUCAAGGACAAGGUGAAGGAUCAGACUCAGGUCUUGCUGGACGAGGCGAGGGACAGCGUCAACGACACGGUGCGGCUAUGGGAGGACGGAUGGAAGGACCGUUACUACCAUGACAAGUGCAAGCUGGAGGACAUCGAGGGGGGCGGGGGAAGGGAGAGGCUCUUCCAGACCUACGUGGAGGGGCUCUGCUGGGUGAUGCUCUACUACUACCAGGGAUGCCCUAGCUGGACGUGGUACUUCCCGUUCCACUACGCGCCCUUCGCCAGUGACCUCAUCAACUGCGACAGGUAG